CAGGGGCUGGAGACACACAACUAGAGAGAUGGCGCGGCACCCGACCGGAGCGCAAGGACAGCUGGUUGGCGGUGGGGGGGCUUGAAUUAUAAAGAGAAUCAGAAAAUUAAUUUAAAAAGGGGGGAAAAACAAGAAAAAUAUCGAGAAGAAGAAAAGGAUUCGGGGAAGGAGUUUGUGCAGGACAGCGUCAGAGGUAGGAGAAUAUAUAUAUGAUUAUCAGGACAGACAGCUGAAGCAGGCUGCUGCAAAGAAAAAAGCAACAAAAGAGAAUUGAACUUUCCUGGACGUGAGGACUUCUGGACAUCAGCUAGAUCACAUAGAUGGUUUGUCCACAGCGCUGCCCGGAUCAUGAACGCCCAGCUGUCGAUGGAGAAUAUUGGCGACCUGCACGGAGUGAGCCAUGAGUCCGUGGCCGGUCACGGGGAGCUGCUGAGUGGCCACAGUCCGCAUGCCCGUCCGAGCCCCCGGGGUCUCAGCCACCGCGCUAUGGGCAUGGCGACCCUGCUGGACAGCGGAGACUAUCACCCCGGACACCACGGACACCUGCACCCGGCCAUCAGCAUGUGCGAAGCCCCCCCUGGCAUGAGUGCAAGCAGCACUUACACCACCCUAACCCCCCUGCAGCCCUUACCCCCCAUCUCCACCGUGUCCGACAAGUUUCCUCCCCAUCAUCACCACCACCACCACCAUCCCCAUCAUCCGCACCACCAUCCGCACCAGAGGAUCCCCGGGAAUGUUAGCGGCAGCUUUACGUUGAUGCGCGAGGACCGGAGUCUGGCGCCUAUGAACAGUCUGUAUCCCGCAUAUCAUCACAAGGAUCCCUGCAUGGGCCAGAGCCUGUCCCCGCUGUCUGGUUCCGGUCUGGCCAGCAUACACACGUCCCAGGCCGGCAUCCCUCCCUACGCUCACCCCGGUGCCGCCAUGCCCGGAGAGAAGAUGCUCACCCCCAGCGGGUUCGAGGCUCACCACCCGGCCAUGCUCGGCAGACACACAGAGCAGCACAUGAGCUCGUCGCCGGGCAUGGUACAAAUCAACGGCCUCCACCACCACCCGCACGCCCACCUUGGCGCACAGGGGCACGGCCAGGGGCUGGGGAACAGCCGGGAGCAGGCCUCCGGGCCCGGGCAGCAAGGGGGCGGCGGUGGAGGGGGUGGUGUUUCUGGGGGCCAGAUGGAGGAGGUGAAUACCAAAGAGGUGGCGCAGAGGAUCACCACGGAGCUGAAGCGCUACAGCAUCCCUCAGGCCAUCUUUGCCCAGCGGGUCCUGUGCAGGUCCCAAGGGACCCUGUCCGACCUGCUGAGAAACCCCAAACCCUGGUCCAAACUCAAGUCCGGUAGAGAGACCUUCCGCCGCAUGUGGAAAUGGCUGCAGGAGCCUGAGUUCCAACGCAUGAGUGCGCUCAGGCUCGCAGGUGAGCGAAGCCUCGCAUGUAAGCGUAAGGAACAAGACCACGGCAGAAGUGAGCGGGGGAGCGUCUCCAAGAAGCCCCGGCUGGUGUUCACAGAUGUGCAGCGGCGGACGCUCCACGCCAUCUUCAAGGAGAACAAGCGUCCAUCCAAAGAGCUGCAGAUCACCAUUGCCCAGCAGCUGGGCCUGGAGCUGGCCACGGUCAGCAACUUCUUUAUGAACGCACGCCGCCGGAGCCUAGACAAGUGGGUGGACGACGGCUCCGGACACCCGAUCAACUCUGGCCCCUGCACCAAAGCCUGAAGACGGACUGAUUUGACCAACUCAUGGACUGACUCAACCUCGGUGGAAAAGCUUUAAAACUUAAGAGAAACAAAGAGAAACUUAAAAAGACCUUGAAGCAACAUUUGCCCUUAAACCUGUACUAUAUUGAUAUUUAUAGUAUCCAAAGAUGAAAAAACAAACCAAAGACUUCUUGUUUGACCUGCUUUGAAAUGUUUGUUUCAGCAACACAUUUACGUGUAACAUACUGCAAAAAGACUAUAGUUUUACCCCCCCUUCCCACACACUCACUGUCACUGGUCUCUAGCUUUACUACACCCUUCCCCACCCAGUAUCAAUCUAUCAUUCACCAUCCUUAUCUUUAAUCUGAUUGGUUGGUUUUAAUGAUGGGUCUCUAUAUGGAGGUUUUAAUCAGCCUAUUGGCAGUCUGAUCUGCAGCUGUCCACACCCUUGAAAAACAGCCAGAAUGUGGAGCUCCAGUGGGAUUGGCCAAUCAACGUUAAAGACAUUUAAAAAAUCCUACAGGAGCGACUGGAUUGUUGUGCAACCUUGCUUGGAUCGUGGCGGUGGACUGUCUGUCUGUCCAGCGGUCUGUCUUUCUAUCAAGCAUUCCAGACAGACAUGCGUAGACUGCUAACCCAAAACCAAAAAUACCCCUGAACCAAACCAAAAACAAAACCCCACAUGGUAGUGCUUUCUUCCAACAUGCUGAAGCGUUGAAUAAUUUAACCAAGAGAAACCAAAGCCUUCUACACCCUGAAGCCUCUCAUGCAUCUUAGAAAUACAACCACUUGCUAUGAAGUAAUUUGACCAAAGAGUAUAUUUUGUAGCUGAUAAUCUUAAAGAGUGUUUGUACGUCAUUUCCUCCCUUACCUCCUGAUACAGACUGUUAGUGAGGCGCCACAAAGAAGAGAAUCUCACUGCUUAUGCUUCAUCUUGAGUUAUAUAUUCCCUGCUAACAGAAAUAUUAUAUCACACAACCCUGAAAAUUAAAACUAUUAACAUUUGCCUUAUAGAUGCCUUUUUGAAUCAAACUAAAUAUUCAAGUUAUAUCUUCGCAAAAACUUGUGUGAAUGUUGCUGUAAAUGUGAAGAUGAAUCAUUAAUCAUAACUAAUGCCCACAGAUUUCAUGUUUAUGUAUUUAAAUACCAGCAGCUGGCAAAGAAAAACUAAUCCAGUCAGUAGUGUGUUUUCUGCUGGCUCUCAUGCUGUGGUUGUGACAGACGGCCUGUGAUGGGUUUUUUUUUAGUGUCACCUCUCAAAUAAUAAGCAUCAGCAUCCCUGUACUUGAUUUUAUCUCCUCAUCAAAGAUGUUGGGUAGAGGUGAUGAUAUCAAUGAUCAAAUCACUUUCAGGCGCUCACACAGCAAUGUCAGCUCGUCACCUGAAUACGAAAGCACCCCACCCUGCCUGUUGCCAAUCCCCAGACCCCUCCUCCACCUCCACCCCCACCCCUCCCCUCCGCUGCCUUUCGCUCCCCUGGUAAGCUAUGCAUUUCAGCACUAGGAGGAAAGCACUACACAGGGCUGGCCCAGGGUGGCGCAUCAUUAAACAUAUUGAGCUGGCCCCUUGCCGUCAUCCUCCUCAUGGCCAGGGUUAGCAGCUCUACAUUCAUCAGAACAAGCGCUGAAGGAGAGGCGAGAGGGAGCUGCUUCUUCAACCUCAGAAAGAAAAACCAAAAAAGACGACAAGAAACAAAAAAAAUGUGUCAAGACCUGCUGGUGUUUUAUAGUGUGAACCAAAGAUGCUACCUCACUCAAGUUCCAUACGUGAUUUCUAUCACUUUGAUGAUACCAAAGAUAACCAAAGAUUUUUUCUCAUUGCACGGCCUCUGUGAGUGGUGUUAAAAGAUGUUGUAUGUCUCCCCUCCCCCCCAAUCUCCUCUUUCUCUCUUCCUUUCGUCUCCCCUUUCUCCCCCUCCCACCUGCACUCAACCCAUGCACCCCUGCUAUGCGUGCUCUUGCUUCAUCUGUGCUCUGAUUACAGCUCCAUAGAUAGUCGUGCUGAUGUAGCUAUAGGCAGAUAUGCUGAUCUAGCCACAGAUACACACAAGCGGCCGUGCAGGUGCCUGCAGGGGGGACAGCCGACUCGCUGGCAAUGUGAUCAGUCUUUCUUUUUGCUAGGUAGCAGUACCAAAGGAUUCAUUUCUACCACAAAAUGUAAAAGCUGACAUUGUGGCUAUAUAAAAAAUGUUUGGUUAAUGAUUAAAGGAAUAUAUAUCUCCCCAAAAUAAUUGAUUUUUAUAUCAGUUACUCACAGUGUGUCAGCUUGAAUUUGUGAAGGGAACUUUGUUUUUCUCGCAUGCCCCCACAGUGAACAGAUCAGGUAACAGAAAAUUAUUGAAGAGUUUAAGUCUAUGGGGGACAAGUUUAACAACAUCAAAACUAUAUCAAAACACAUCAUGCAGUGUAAUCCAAGUCUCAUUUAUUCAGUCGUAUGGUCACUUCUUCUCAAACAUGUCAUUUUGCUAUAACCUUACUAUUUAAAUAGUAAAGUUUUAGUGUGUUUGGGGAUAAGUGAGUAUAUGACUGGAUACAUGAGACUGCACAAUUUGUGUACGAGUUUGUAAAUUUAUGUUUUUAUAUAGUGUUAAUGCAUCUUCCAUUUACUUAAAUGCAUCAAAAUCUUCUCUGUUUUUGGAUUUUAUGUUCACUUUAGAGUCAUAAGAGAAAAAUAAUGUCUUCUUCAGGAAUUCAGGGUAACACGGAGUGAGUAACUGAUAUACAAAUGAUCAUUUUGGGUCUGAAGUAUUCCUUUCAUUCAAAACAAUCAAUGUGAAGUGAGCUAGGUACAGUACCCUCCUCGGCCCUGCCUCUUAGUGUGUAUCUAUAGGUUGAUUUUAUUGAUUCACCAUAUAGGUCAGACGUCUUCAUGUGAUAGUAGACAGACAAGCUGACAUAGCAAUGGGCAGAGUUGUUGACUCAACUAUAGGCAGACAUGUUCCUGAAAGUAGAAGCAGACGUGUUGCAAUCUUUCUAAAAACUCCCAGGACGAGUGCCUUGCUUGAACCAAAGUGUUAAACCGCUGUUGACCUCUCACCUUUGACUCUGUGAAUACCUCAGCCUGUAGAAGGGCCACUACUGAAGAAACAAGGAAAAGGUUGUUUUUUUUCUUAUUGUUUUUUUGUUCUGUUUUUUAAAUCACACCGUGGUGCUUUCGCCAGCGCAACCAUGCAAUGAAAACAUACCAAAGGAAUUUUCUCUUGUCCACUUCUACAGAUAAAACCAAAGGUCUUUGUUUCUCCUCUCCCCUGCCCCAUUUAAUCCCUCCAUCCCUCCUUCCCCCCUCAACCUUCCUCAUCUCUCUGCUGUGUGUAGGAAGGUUCAGCACUCUGGCCGUGCAUGUCUUUACCAAUGUCUCUGAAUACCUCAUAGUAAUAAUUCCUUUGAGUUCUGCAUUGAGACGUCUAUCUGUGAGUAAGGCAGAACUCCACUCAUGUGGUAACUGUUAUUGUUACUUCAAAAAGCUGUAUGAUUAUCUAUUUUGAAGUUGUUGGUUGUAUUUUUUUUGGCAGAAGUGCUCUGAUUCAAGUCACGGAGGACAAGUUUCAGGGUUGAUGUAUGAAACUUAAGGGAUGGAGGGAGAAGCGUAUUUUUUAUCAGACAUUGGGUUAUGCCAAUAUUAUGAUGGUAGACUAUUGCUUUUACAGGGUAAAACCAACUGCUGUGAUAUUGUGUUUAUAUUUUCCCUUUUCUCUACUUCUGUGUUGUGAUUUUAAUUUAAUUGCAUUUUUGUAAUGGUUAACCACUGCUUUAAUUUAUGCAUUUGUAGAAACUCUAGAUUUGUAUAUAGUAGGUUUUUGAAAAAAACAAACAAAAAAAGACAGUUUUAUGUUACAGCCUUAUUUCCCAUGCUUAGAUAUAAAAAGGAGUAGUUUGUAUUCUUCUUCAGCUAAAUCCUAGCCGGCAUUUCAAUGUGUGUUUUAAACACUGCCAGAAACCCAGACAGUUGAUUUGCCAAUGCAGACAAAGUUAUACAGGAGCUACUUUGUUGAACAGCUGGCAAAAAGCAGUGUGUACGUGUGUGUGUUUUUUCUAUUCUUUUGACUUUUUAAAAAAAACGGUUAUUUUAUGGGUAUUACUGCACAUCCAAAGAUUUUUAAAACAAACCAAAAAUUGGAAAAAAAUAUGUAUAAUGUUGAAAAGCACUGGCAUUUGUGAGGUAGACUUGUUGAGUUUUGAUUUGCCAUUCGCACGGGUAUAGAAUGUAGAAGGCGUAGGGCUAUGUAGACAAGCUUACUCUACCAUGUGGGGAAUCUCCUGUUCAAUGUACAAUCUGAAGCAUUUGAAACGAGGGCUGCAAGUCCCGCUCACUUUGCUGUCUCAUGCACAGAGUGAGGUGGAGUGGAGGCUGGGCAGCCGGUCUGCCAGGGGCUGUGCCACGGAGCUGGGUCUGUUUUUAUUGCCGUGGCACUGCCGCCUCGCUCCAUCUAGUAUCUGUUCUUUUGGUACGUACUCUUGUAAUGACUAUGAGCAAAGUCUAAUAAAACUGCAAAGAACCUUACCAAGGAAUCAGCGUGAGUGUGUAUGGGGGACGAUCACCUGCUCAUUUCUUUUUCUGUGUGUGGAUGAGCGUGUGCUUAAUUGCAUGUGUUUCUUUACUAUGUGUUGGUCCAUUGUUAGAAUCUGUAUGUCCUGUUGGUGUGUAUGCAUGUGUGCAACUGAUUGGUGCAGUUUGACUCCCUCUGGUUGUCAGAGGCCUUACUGUUAGUACUGCUUCCUCUCCGUCAUGCACACAGCACAGUAUCAGCAUGUUAUGCAGUCACAGAAUGGAGAGUGUAAAAGUUUUACCGGUGCUUACGUAACAGUUAUAAAGGCCUGUGUUAAAGAGGGAAUGGAUGAUGCAGUGCGAAUCUAUCUUUUCCCCAUUUUGUUAUUUAUUUAGACCAUAAGGAGUUCCUAUAUGAUGGGUAGCUUGGCUACAAGUCUCAUAACAAUACUGCGGCGCCUAAGACAAUCAUCUGGAUCUCUUACGCUGGGGAACUAGUUUCUCACCCACAGAGGGGUGUCCUCCAGCUAUUCAUAUACAAAGAUGCUUGAAGGGUUUUGAUAAACAAGCAUAUUUGUUGUCAUAGACAUUUAGGAAUAGAAUACAGUUGUAGAUCAUCUUGCACUUGCAUUUCAAAAUGAAAUAUCAUUGCUCUCAUCAGCCUUGUGCUCUUGUCAACCUUAAUCUCUUUCUUUUGCCCUUUUUAUCAACUCACAAUGCUUCUUCAGUUUCCAGUGUGUGUGUGUGUGUGUGUGUGUGUGUGUGUGUGUGUGCAUGUAUGUGUGAGUGCCUCUGUGUGUGCGUGUGUGUGUGUGUGUGUGUGUGUUUGCCAGAGAGGCAAUACUGUCAGUGUUGCUCUCAAAUGUAUAACUCCAUGUCUCAUGACUUGAUUUGUCAUUGCUGUUUCCCAGGCUUUGCUACUGCUUUCUCAGUGCCGUGCAAUAUCAUCUGUUGUGAUUGCUAAGCAAAUGAAAAAAAAGAAAGAAAAUUGAGAAGCAAGUGAUGAUGUCAUCCAGCUUUUUUCAGUGUUCAAAAUGUUUCAACAUUUCUGUAGUCACAAAAAGUAGAAAUAAACUGUUGGUAUUUCCAG